AUGUUCAAGUACGCGGCACAUUUGUUGUGCGCGUUAGUUUCAUGGGGUUUUUGUAAAGUCCUUGCUGAAAUCGAGAAUCAACAGUGUCCUGGAAUUCUGACGAAAGACCCACGUAAUCCACAUGUUGAAUUGUGUCUGGUGGAACUAUCACCCAUGCUGGAGCAUAUUGCCAACCAGCAGAAGAAGAAGGGCAUUCUCAAUGAAACGCAGGGAAUACUGGACAGGAUCGCGGGUCACCAAGCAGCCAGAGAUAAGCAUUUGAAGGCUCUGCAGAGCAACAUGGAAGGUCAGUUGAAGGUACUAGAGGCUAAGGUGGACCAGGAUGUCAAGAUCAUGUCCCUGGAGAAAUCCUUGCUCCAAGCUAGAAGCGCACUUCAAUGUUCUCUGGAUGCCAAAAUAAUUCCGCCAUCGAAUGUGACACUGACAGUCAAUGUAAAGUUCGAGAAGUAUGGUAAAAAGUUAAUUUACAUCGAGAAGCAUGUCAGGCAGAAUUGGUUUAGUGCAGCCAGAAAAUGUCGUGAGAUGGGCGGCAAGCUGGCGUCACCCCACAACGAGACUGAACUGUCAUUCAUCCGCAAGAAAAUUCAACCCGAAAGGUAUUGGCUGGACUACUCCAAUCUGGUCGAUCCGAAUAAGUGGAUUUCUUUGGCCACCGGGAAGGAAGCCUCAUUCUUGAAAUGGGACAAGGGCGAGCCCAAAAAAGAUGCCAAUGCGCACUGUGUUUAUCUAUACGCCGGACUGUAUCACGCAUUUCCGUGCGACGACCGAAACUACUUUAUUUGCGAAGUCUUAGAGGGCAAGGGUUACAAUUUUACUAGUAUUCCAAUUCAAAAUAAUACGAAUAUUAAUGUUAAUAUUAACAUGACUAUUAAUAUUAAGGAUGAAAGGCAAAAGGAAAGGGAAAAGGAAGAGGAAAAGAAAAAAAAAGAGAAAAAGGAAAAAGAAGAGCAACGGAAGAAGGAAGCGGAACGAAAAAGAGAAGAGAAACGAAAGGAAGAAGAGGAACGGAAGAGGAAGGAAGAAAAAAGGAAGAAAGAAGAAGAAAAAAAGAAAGAGGAGGAACGGAAGAGCAAGGAAAAAGAAAAAAAGAAAGAAGAAGAAAGAAAGAAAAAAGAGGAAGAAGAAAAAAAGAAAAAAGAAGAAAGAAAGAAAGAAGAGGAACGGAAGAGAAAGGAAGAAGAAAGAAAGAAAGAAGAAGAAAGAAUGAAAAAAGAGAAAGAAGAAAAAAAGAGAAAAGAAGAAAAAAAGAAAGAAGAGGAACGGAAAAGAAAGGAAGAAGAAAGAAAGAAAGAAGAAGAAAGAAAGAAAAAAGAGGAAGAGGAAAAAAAGAAAAAAGAAGAAAAAAAGAAAGAAGAGGAACGGAAGAGAAAGGAAGAAGAAAGAAAGAAAGAAGAAGAAAGAAAGAAA